UAUAAUCCCAUCCCCUCUUAUCCAAAGCACUAUCAAAUGAUCUGAACUCACACUCAUACUCCUUUUUUACAAACUUCAUAAAUCUCUUUAUCUGUUUCUUCCAACAACAAGAAGAAGAUGUUGUCAAUGUCCAUUCAUCAAGGAAUCAAACCUUUGCCUUGUCAAAAUCCCAAUGUUGUUGGACUCUUCAAAACCACCCCGUGUUUAUUCAAGAUUCAUCAAACUUCCUCUUUUUGCAACAAGUCCACACAAGUUCAGAGAUUUCACAAACUAUCUGUUUCAGCUGCUGUUGAAGAAGCCAUUGUUGAAGAAGCUCCAUUACCCCCUGUCCCUGAUCAAGAAGAUGAGGGGAGCAAGGUGCAAAAGCCAAGAGUAGUGUUGAAGUUCAUAUGGAUGGAAAAGAACAUAGGGCUUGGGCUUGAUCAAGAGAUACCAGGACAUGGGACCAUCCCUUUGAGCCCUUACUUCUUUUGGCCUAGGAAAGAUGCUUGGGAAGAACUCAAAACCACUUUGGAAAGCAAGCCUUGGAUCUCUCAGAAAAAGAUGAUCAUCCUCCUUAAUCAAGCCACUGAUAUCAUCAAUCUUUGGCAACAAAGUGGUGGCAAUUUGACUUCCUAAACAUGUUUUGUAAUCCCCAACAUAAGUUUCAUUUGUUUUAUUCCUUGUUUCUCAUUUGUUAAAUGUAGCCUUUCUUGCAAAAGUGACUCAAAACCUCAAAAAUUGAUUUAUGACUCACUAUCUCCACAUUAAAAAUAUA